UAUGUACCUAGUCUGUGUAAUACAUAUAUACCUAAUUGUACCUGAGCUAAAAAACUAGUAAUCAAUCCAAUUUCCUAAUAUUUAUCUAAUACAUUAUAAUUCACGAUUUGUUGCUUACUGCUUGUUCAACUAUUUCAUUUAACUGACAUAGUUGCAACGUUUCGAGCAGCAUGACUGCAUAAAGCUUGGCCCAGCAUUCAUUCGAGGUCCCGUGCUUCGCCGAUACGUUGGUUGUGAAUUCCGAGGAAGAGCAUCUUUGUACAAGAUGGCGUCUUUUGCGAGGGCUAUACCUCGUUUAGGCCGAUCAGCAGUUCAAUUAAGAGCUUUGACUUCGUCAAGUUCUCGCUUGCAGCGUACAGCUCCAUGGAUAUGUCAUGGCUGUACUUAUAAGGCCGUAGCGACGGCUACCCAGAGAAGGUCUUUCACUACCAUUGACCGGACACAGGUUGCGAGUUAUGCUGACCUGGAUACAUUUCCUCGUCGCCACAUUGGUCCUGAUGAGGCCGAUACAGCUGAGAUGCUAAAGGCCCUAUCACCGCCUGUCGACAAUCUGGAUAAAUUCGUUCAGCAAGUCAUUCCACCUAACAUUUUAUCUAAGAAGACGCUCGACAUUCCCCCUCACGAGGGGCCACAGAGCGAAUCAAGUCUAAAGGCAAUGGUGAAAAAGUAUCAGUCCAAUAUCACAGUAAAAAAGAGUUUCCUUGGUCAAGGAUACUAUGGAACACACACACCAGCCGUUAUUCAACGGAACAUCCUGGAAAAUCCCGCCUGGUAUACGAGUUAUACCCCUUACCAGCCAGAAAUCAGCCAAGGCCGCUUAGAGUCACUCGUUAACUUUCAAACCGUGGUUACUGACCUAACGGGACUUCCUAUAGCUAAUGCUAGUCUCCUGGACGAAGGCACUGCCGCCGCCGAGGCAAUGACCCUCUCUAUGAACACGCUAUCGACCUCGAGGGCUAAACGGGAAGGAAAGACUUUCGUCGUAUCUAAGUCCCUCCACCCGCAGACGAUAUCAGUCUUACGUGGGCGUGCGGAUGGCUUUGGUAUCAAGAUAUUGGAACUGGACCUUACGAAGGUUGAAGCACGUACUGAGGUUGAGAACCUUGGCGAGGAUCUAGUCGGUGUCAUGGUCCAGUAUCCCGACACAUACGGCCAUGUAGAAAAUUUCCAGCCUCUGGCCGACUCGGUACAUAAGCAAGGCGCCCUGCUUAGUGUUGCCACGGAUCUACUGGCUUUGACCAUGCUCAAACCCCCAGGAGAAUGGGGGGCUGACAUUGCCUUCGGAAGUGCGCAAAGAUUCGGUGUGCCGAUGGGAUUCGGAGGUCCACAUGCUGCGUUCUUCGCCGUUCAGGAGAAGCACAAGAGGAAGAUGCCUGGCCGAUUAAUUGGGCUGUCUAAAGACCGAUUGGGUGGGAAGGCCUACCGAUUAGCCCUACAGACACGAGAACAGCAUAUCCGAAGAGAGAAGGCGACCAGUAACGUGUGCACAUCGCAGGCGCUAUUAGCUAAUAUGAAUGCUCUCUACGCGAUCUAUCAUGGACCCGAAGGCCUCAAAGCGAUUGCCGAACGAGUUGUCCGAGGAGCACGAGUCAUUCAAGCCAUCGCUGAAGAGAAUGGGUUUGCCACGGAGAAAAGCAAGUGGAAUGAUAGCGGCAGCGUACUCUUUGAUACGGUUAUCAUUGAUGUUGGGUCCAAAGAGAGCCAGGCCCAAUCUGUGAGCACAGCACACGAACACGGGAUGUAUGUUCGCCAAAUUGGCGAGCAACAAAUUGGUAUCUCGGUUGAUGAAACAACAUCACUAGACGACUUGGUCAAAGUCUUCCAAGUAUUUGCAACUGUGGCUGGCAACAUCAAGGUGUACCCGUACGAGGCGGUGGAGGCACACGUUCGCCAGAUACUCGAAAAGAACGCCGAUUCGGUAGAUAUCCCGGACGCUUUCAAACGAACCUCAAGCUUUUUGACGCAUCCUGUCUUUAACACGCACCACUCUGAAACGGAGUUGCUACGGUAUAUCUACCAUCUGCAGUCUAAGGAUCUAUCGCUUGUCCACUCCAUGAUUCCUCUCGGCUCAUGCACCAUGAAGCUCAAUGGAACCACGGAAAUGUCACUCAUCACGCUACCCGAGUUCUCCCAGAUACACCCGUAUACCCCAGAGGAGACGGUCCCGGGCUACAAUAGCUUGCUAGACAUGUUCAGGGAACAAUUGCGUGAUAUAACAGGCAUGGAUGCUGUCUCUCUUCAACCUAACUCGGGGGCACAGGGUGAAUUCGCCGGUCUGCGAGCAAUUAGAGAGUACCACAAGGCGCAAGGAAAUGGUGGAAAGAAACGCGAUAUCUGCCUUAUUCCCGUAUCUGCUCACGGUACAAAUCCUGCCUCCGCUGCUAUGGCUGGCAUGCGAGUAGUACCAAUCAAGUGCAAUACGACUACCGGCAAUCUCGACGUAGCAGACCUCGAAGCAAAGUGCAAAAAGCACCAAGAAGAGCUCGGCGCUAUCAUGGUUACUUAUCCCAGCACGUUUGGUGUGUUCGAGCCUGAGAUAAAGAAGGUGUGCGAGCUGGUCCACGAACACGGCGGUCUAGUCUACAUGGACGGUGCAAACAUGAAUGCGCAAAUAGGGUUAUGCUCCCCGGGAGAGAUUGGUGCUGACGUGUGCCAUCUGAAUCUUCACAAGACUUUCUGCAUCCCACACGGUGGAGGCGGUCCGGGUGUAGGUCCCAUUUGUGUAAAGCAGCGUCUUCAACCCUUCCUUCCUCGUGAUCCCAACGCCGAGGGCAAGGCGACAAGCGGUGGCUAUGCAGUCAGCAGUGCCAACAAUGGUAGCGCCAGCAUCAACCUCAUCAGCUGGGCGUAUAACACCUUGAUGGGGGCGGAGGGUCUCACCCAAGCUACCAAAAUCACUUUGCUCAACGCUAACUACAUCCUCUCACGUCUCAAGCCUCACUACCAGAUCUUAUACGUGAAUGAGCACGGGCGCUGCGCUCACGAGUUCAUCCUUGACGCCCGGCCCUUCAGUAAAUCCGCCGGCGUCGAGGCCAUCGAUAUUGCCAAGCGCCUGCAGGAUUACGGCUUCCAUGCCCCGACGAUGAGUUGGCCCGUCGCUAACACCCUAAUGAUUGAGCCGACUGAGAGCGAGAGUAAGGAAGAGCUCGACCGCUUCAUUGAUGCUCUGAUCAGUAUCCGCGGAGAGAUCCGGGAGAUUGAAGAGGGCAAGGCCCCACGUGAAGGCAAUGUUUUGAAGAUGUCGCCACACACCAUGCAGGACCUAAUUGCGGGCGACGGCGGUGAAGGUAGCAAAUGGGAGAGAUCCUACUCACGAGAGAAGGCGGCGUACCCUCUGCCGUGGCUUAAGGAGAAGAAGUUCUGGCCGAGUGUCACGAGGGUAGACGACACAUACGGCGACUUAAACCUCUUCUGCACCUGUCCGCCAGUCGAGGACACUACGUAAAUGAUUUUCCUAGCAGCAUCUUUCCGGCACAACGCAUAGAUGAUAUCCAGUUUUCAACAUCAUGGAGAGGAAAAAGGCGCACGGCGGAUACACGGGUCUUCAACACAUGGUAGAGUCGGGGUCAGAGCGACACGGAGUUUCACCAACUCUUCUAGGCACAAGGCGUUUUCGGGAGAGAACCAUUCAACAGCGAUAAGGUCUUUUGCAUGCAAAUAGUUGGUUGGUUAUACCAACAUCAUCAUCAUCAUUGGGACGGCAGACACUGGUGGGUGUGAAUUAUUCAACUACACGAGCGCGAUACGCCUGGCUCCAUUUAACUGGGCUAGAUUUAACGGGUGGGAGGAGUAUAGGGGGACUGGGAAUAUAGCGUUGGAUUUUGGGGGGAUUAGUCUAGACGACUAGAUGCUAGAUCAGAUAUACGCGUACAUAGAUUUGACUCUAUACUAGCAAUAGAGCUGUUUCGCUAUUUCCCCCCUUAAGAUGGGGUUUUGUGGACAUAUGUUUGUUUGUUAACGCCAUUCGUGGUAGCUAAGUCGGCACCGAAGAAUUUUCCUCGGUAAGCCGAAUAUUCCAUAUGUCCAUCUGCC